UUGGGGUCUGUCAUUGUCAGUGUUUAUGGUAGUGGUUACGUUUAAUUUUUCAAUAUUUCUCAAGAAUAUUCUGUAAAUACUAAUGUCGUAACCCUUUUGAUGCUAGAUAAAAUAAAAAGAAUGUGGUCCACACAGAUGCAAAGUCAAAUGUUCCAGAACCAACAAAAUGCUGAAAAAGCUGAACAAGCCAAAAAGCAAGCACUGGGUAUGACUUCUGCAAUCUCGCUUGCUGGCCCUAAACCCAUUGAUAUUCAGAGAACCAAAGAACUAGAAGAAGCUCUCAAGCCAUACAAUGUAACAGAAUCUGACCAGGAAUUGAAUCAUCGGAUGGAGAUUCUGAGCAAACUGAAUGCCUUAGUGAAGGAAUGGAUCAAGGAGAUUAGCAUAAGUCGCAACAUGCCAGAGAGUGUAGCCGAGCAGGUGGGAGGAAAGAUCUACACCUUCGGCUCCUACAGGCUAGGUGUCCAUCACAAGGGAGCUGAUAUUGACGCUCUGUGUGUCGCCCCAAGGCACAUUGACAGGGCAGACUACUUCACGUCUUUCUUUGAAAAACUCAAGAGCCACCCAGAAGUAACCGAUUUGAGAGCCGUUGAAGAAGCCUAUGUUCCUGUCAUUAAAAUGAAUUUUGAUGGGAUAGAAAUUGAUAUGCUGUUUGCAAGAUUAGCUCUCAAGGAAAUCUCAGAAAAGAUGGAUUUAAAAGACGAUUUGCUGUUAAAGAAUUUAGAUCAAAAAUGUGUUCGAAGUUUGAACGGCUGUAGAGUAACAGAUGAAAUUCUUAGGUUGGUACCUAAUAUUGAAAACUUUCGCCUAGCCCUUCGAACUAUCAAACUCUGGGCCAAAAAGCACGGGAUCUACAGCAAUGUGCUGGGUUACCUGGGAGGAGUGUCAUGGGCUAUGUUGGUGGCUCGUACCUGUCAGUUGUAUCCUAACGCUGUGGCUGCUACACUCGUACACAAGUUCUUCCUAGUGUUCUCACAGUGGAAGUGGCCGCAGCCCGUUCUUCUCAAACAGCCUGACAACGUUAACCUGGGCUUUCAAGUCUGGGACCCUAGGGUAAAUGUAUCGGAUCGCUAUCACCUAAUGCCUAUCAUCACACCAGCAUAUCCUCAACAGAACUCGACUUUCAAUGUCUCCGUGUCAACCAGAACAGUGAUGCAAGAAGAGUUUAAACAAGGCCUUCAAACAACGGAAGACAUUGUUUAUGGAAAAUGCGGCUGGGACAGAUUGUUUGAAGCACCAAAUUUCUUUGCCAAAUACAAGCAUUUCAUAGUACUGAUAGCGAGUUCCACUUGUGCCGAAGACCAGCUGGAGUGGUGUGGUCUGAUAGAGUCCAAAGUGAGGUAUCUCAUCAUGAACUUGGAGCGUAACCAACACAUAGUGCUGGCCCAUGUCAACCCAGAGUGCCACUCGGGUGUUCCGCCCGCACCCGACCAGACCAACGCACCCACCAACAUGUGGUUCAUUGGCCUAGUUUUCGCCAAGACUGAGAACCUCAAUGUUGACCUCACUUACGACAUUCAACACUUCACAAACGCUGUUCAUCGGCAAGCAGGAAUGAUUAAGAUGAUAAAAGAAGGGAUGAAGAUUGAGGCUCGGUAUGUUAGAAGGAAGCAGCUGUCAGCAUAUUUACCUGCGUAUUUACUUAAGAGAGAAAGAAAGGUUUCCACGAGCUCCACGUCCGCUCCCAACGGAAGUGUUUCUCCCCAGACAAACUCUACAAGUGAAGUCCCAAACAGAAAGAGGCAUUCCGAUUCAAACAUGGACACAGGCUCAAAGAAAUCCAAACACAGCAUAGACGUGCCUGACGACUCCCCAAACAAUUCAAUAAUAGUGCAAUGCAACACUGACGACUCAAAUUCUGCCAUGUCAGAAGAUGAAAGGUUAUAUGCCACUCUCAACAAUCCACCUUUAAUGAACGAUACUUUGCCCGUCACAAAUGAGGAAAGCCCGAAGGAGGAGGUGGUCUGCACAUGACCUUUGCUGGCACAGUAGAAGGCUCUUGACAACUGAUGGUGUUGCAGAAGCAGAAAGCAGGAAUGCUGAUCUCUCGGCUCCCGUAGUUCUUAAGUCAUAAUGUUAAUUGGUAUACUUGACAGGCUAAGGACUGGACCUCCCAAUGCCUUCGAUACUGCCUUCAUCAGGUCUCGGUUCUGUUUCGUUCUGUAAUCCUUCACUGCCAGGCAAACAUUGUCGACAGUCUUCUAAAGUCUCGUUCAGGCUGUAACGGAGCCAAACGUCGCAUUUGUCGAAGCUUUCAGAAGACUUUCCCAGAUUUUAAGGAAAACCACAGCUCAGAGGCUUGAAAUUUGAAGACGCUUCCCUUCGAACGAAGCUCCUUUAGAUUAACCCUCGGAACAUUUUUAUUCCUGUAAAUUAAUUUGUAUUUUUUACUAUAUUGUUGGUAGCUUAUAAGCUUUAUUUAUAUUAAGUGUUUGUUGUUGAUGAAUUUGUGUUUUACAAAACUUGAACACAAGGAUAUACAAAAUUUGUAAUUGGUUUUGCAAUUACAAUAGUCAAUAAAUCAAUUGUUGAGAUGGUAGAUCAUCAUAUCUAUCAUCCGAAUGUGAGGUGUAUGGUUUCUUACAGAAACACAGACGAUGAAUGUCCUUAUGUUAAGUAAUAUAAGACCGAUAUCCCCUUGUGCGUAUUUGUUCCAACUAAUUAAUGAAUCAUAAACGAUUGUCACUCGUAUAUGUUUGUUAUUACUGACUUGCUGCUUUCCGUGCUUUGUAACGGGAAGUGGACGUGAAAGAGAAUAAUGUGGUUCUUUAGAUGUGCUGUAUGGAAUAGUUACAAAUUUUCAAAAGUUUUUCUAACCCCUUCAUUGCUUGCUAGAAUUUUAUUAAAUAUCAUCCAAUCAUUUUACUUGUUUUGCAUGAUUCUAGCAUCAUUUACUUCCAUCGCAAUGAUUACAAGGUAUCAAGGUAUGCUUGUGUAUUAGUAUAUUUCGUACCUAGGGUCAAAAUUGAGGUUUUGCUGGCUCGAGAUAGUUUUUAAAACAAUCGAGAGCUGCAAAACCGUUUCGGUCCGUGGUACAAACGCUAUUUUCUACCACACUAUAUCCUAUUACCACUAUUCACUACAAUAAUAAUGCACACUGAUAGUCAACACAACUACAACUUUAAGGUUAUGUGAAGAAAUAAUUUGAGGUAUCAGCAAAAAUAAUAAUAAAUAGUUGCUAGGCAUCGGUGACAAUAAAACAAUUCUAUUGCAAUGCUAUGGAUACUGAUUGUGUAUUUAAUAUGCAUUCAUGUUUUAAGAAAGUAAGUGGGCAGCUGAUUUUGCGGCCCUAGGGAUGUAAAAACCUUCUUGGUCCCCAAAUAACGAAUGCCAGCAAAACGUAACUUUCAGCCACCAAUUAACGUAUGUAAAACAGCUAAAAACAUCAUAGUGUGUAGUAGUGCCAUAGUCUAUUGGUUACAAUGUUGUUGUGACCAUUUUUCUUUGAAAUGUCUUAGACAUCAUCAUUGUUUCCCAAAAUUGCGGAAAAAGUCUUGUUUAUCUCCAGAGGUCAUCAACGUCUUCCGCGAUCUUGGAAAGAUACUGAAAGUUUCCCGCGGUCACUUAUGACAAUAUUGUCAUUUCUGCGAUUAUGGAAAAUCCUAGACAAAUCAUGCGAUGAUGGUAAAAAUCAUCUUCAUCUUUGGCGAUCGUUUUGUUGGUAAAUAUUUAACAUCUCCCGAACUCGCGGGGGCAUCACUAUCGUUUCCCUCGAUUCCAGAAACUUUAUUGUUGUUAUCUACAAUCGUGGCAAUCUCCUGAGGUAACGUAUGACUCAUCAUCUUAGACAAUUGCAAGAAAAUUUGAGCUUCUCUCGUGGUUAUGCAAUUGCGGAAAAAUUCUGAAUAUCUUCUACCGCAACAUUAUUGUCUCCCAUAAUCGCGGCAAAAUCCUUAACACGCUGCUCCUCAGUUUCUUAGGCUACAGAUUAGUGGGGUUGUACUGUAACUCAAACUUUUUUUUCAAUCACAAAUGAGAAAUAAAGUAAACAAAAAUGUAUUUUGAAAUAAAAAUGUUUAGGAAUACAAACAGAGGUCAGUCUCAAUUAGUUUCAAUUUCCAGGGUUCCACCUUACCCAGUUUUUGGAUAUCUUAAAAAUGUUAAUCACGCAGACAGAAUAAAAAUGUAUUUGACUAUGUUUAUGAUAUGUUUAUAUUUUGGUGUUUCUCUAUGCCAUUGGCAUUUUUGUUUGUUGUAAGGAAACAGUCCAAACCGUUCUUAUUACGUUCUAAUGCCUACCUUUUGACAGCGUAAUUAACUAAUAGUCCAAUGUUAAAUAACAUCUUGGUCCGUAAACAUUUGGAAUUGAACUAGCUACCUUCAGAUUUGAAGGUCAGCACUACAACUACUCGUUAACCGAGACCGUUAUGAACACACUGUAUGUUUAAUUAGUAGGAAGUGAGUACAAAAUAAUAUGACAUCCUAAAUUAAAGUUAAUUGAUUUUAACUUUACAUCAGUUUUCUAAGAAUUGAUAACUUUCCAAACAUUUUGUGUUGAAUAUUAUUUAGAUUGAUUUAACAAAUCACCAUUCAUAUUAAGUUAGAAAACUUUCAAAUUAAGUAAAGAUCCAAAUUUUCUUAAAUUGUAGAUUUUGCAGCACAAUUUUAUGUGUAUGAUAUUUGAUAUGGGUAGUUUUAUUCAUUUUAAUGUAUCAUAUUUAUAAAAUUAAACAUCAUCAUAGUUAAGGAACGAUCAAGAACUUUUAUCACAAUAUUUAAUAAUGAUUUAUUACUGAUAUUGAUCAAAUAAUUUUUACUGUUGCUAUCUUUUACUUGAGGAUAAUAUUGUUUAUUAUAUUGUUUACUUUGACAUAUUUCAGUAAUCAUGAAUAUAAUUAGCAAUUUUAUAUCAUUAAAGCUUCCUCUAAUUAUCUGUUUCUACUUGACUUUUCAAACUAAAAACAGAUUUUAGCUGGGAAUGAUUUUGUAAUUUUUUGGUAAUCCAUGUUAAUUUAAUAAUAGCAAUGUUAUAGAGAAAUCUUCUCAAAUCGGUUCGUAAUUUUAACCAAUAUUUAUGUAAAGCUGUGACAUAUUUAAUAAAUAAUUUCUUGAUCAGCAUUGUAUGUGUUAUUAAAUUUACGGAAAGUAAAUAAAAGAAACGUCUUAUAACACUUAAAACAUAUAUUUACGCUUAUACUGUUACUCACAAGACAGUAAAUAUACAAAAGAGAUGGUAAGUGGUGAUCGAUUUCGAUUGGACACUCCAAUCGUCAUCAGACCUAAUAGGCGAAUGUUUCUUUUAUUUACUUUCCCUCAUAUUUAAUUACUAUAUUUGUUAGUGUUAUGUGUAACUUAUUUGUUAUAAGCAUGGCUUGGUUGAUGUUGAACUAAGGAUUAGCAUGUAUGAUCAAUUGAUCAUGAUUGAGUUUAAACACAUAGAAGUAAGGUACAGAGAAAACACUUAAUGGUACACUUAAGUGGUGUCUGUCUAUCACUAGUUGCUGGUGUCUACAGCAAAUUUAACACCCCCCCCCCCUUACCAUUAUAUACUGCAACGUUACAGUGGAGGAAGACCCUGUGCGAUAGGAAUUUCCAAACAGCGCUCGCCGCUUCCUUGCUCGUCACAAGUAUAUUUGUUGUUGGCACAACAUACUAGAGCUGAAAACGCACGGUCGUUCCAUAAGCAAGUUUCCUUUGUACCUUAAUUCUCUGUAAUUUGAACUAUUUCCGCUCCAGGUUUUGUUGGACAUUGGUUUUUUUAGCUUUGGAAUUGAGAGUUGAAGGCUGAGUGUUGUUUGAAUGAACAUUUGACGAAUGACUUCCGCGAGUACCUUUACUCAGGCGAAUGUACGUGUUGUGAACGUUAGAUUUGUUUGUUAGGUGAAGGUAGUAUCAAAAGCAUUGUGCAGUGAAGUAGGCAGAGAUUUAUCUGCUGGAGAAUUCCAUUGCACCUUUGAGCUCUGUGAGUUUAAUCUCUUGUCACUUUUUCAGUUGUCUUCCGUUAGUAUUAAGUCUUCAGACUUUGGUACAAGUAUGAAGAAUGAAUCGACGUGUAAUUGUUUGGUACGUUUAAUCUGUUGGGGUACUUUAAUGUUUUUUGUCUGGUGCAUGCAUUUUAAAUUUGUAAAGUUACAGUUCAAACCCUGGUCUUGUUACUAUCAGUAUAAGUCAACCUGAUGUUAGUAAAUUACCCUUGUUAAAUCGCUUGUAAUGUAACUAACCAUAAGUUUUCAAUGUCAAGCUUCGUAAUAGUUAACCUACAUGUGUAUUGAACUGUACGAAGACUGUGAAGCUAGAUAAUGAUGACUAACUACAGAUAUUGUGAUUUAAUAGAAAAUAUAGACCAAAAAUAACCCCAACAAGAAAAUAACCAUGAACCCCAACAGAUUAAAUGAAGAAAAUACAUUUUUAUACGAACUUAACUUAUUAGGAAUAGUUAUUGAAGACUUGGUGGGCAUAUUCUGGUACUGAGGAGCAAAUAUUAUUGUAUUUUCAACCGGUUGUAUUUUGUAAUUUCUGUUACUGGUCUGAUGACGUUUAGAGAUUACCAGUGUAAAAAAUGUUUUAUUAUUAAAAUAAAUAUUAAAUUAUUAAUUGUUUGGAAACUUUAAAAUUAAUGUAAAAAUUCUCAUGUGGUUAUGGUUUAAAAGUUUAAUGGAACUUUUUUCUAAAUUAUAAAUCAAUUAUUUAUUCACAUUAUAACUACAAUAUGGUCUCGCUAAUCUCACAAAACUUAACAGCGUGAUUAAUUCGGUACUAAAAAUAAUAGUUUACCUAUUUUUGUGAUGGUUUCUCUUUUUUUGCAGUUUUACUAUCAGAACUAAUAAAUCUCUUUUUUAUAAGCCACAUAUUUUAAUUGGAAUUAAUAUUUUUUUCAAAAAUUAACUUUAAUCACUAUCUCAAACCUAAAAAAGCUAUUAAAUUUGCAAAGAGACUUAAAACUUAUUCUUUAAUUCCAUCAUAGUUAUUUCACGAAGUUAAGAAAUGUAAUACAAAUCUUUUCCUUUAUGUUUUUAAUAUUUAUAAUUUAUAAUUGACGAAAUCAACUAAAUAUCACCGUAUGCCUGAUUCUUUCCUUUUUUACCCAAGUAUUUAACGGGUACAAAUAAAUCAGAAUUUAACUUAAAUACGCUAUCUGCAUACAUUACAUUCAUUUGUGUUCUGAUCAUUAUUAAGUAGCAUAAUACAUUUUAUAUCUUAACAUAUGUUUCAGAAAAGUAAUUCACAGACGAUGGUUCCAAUGUAACUAACUGGUAUGUUGAAACAACUAGUUGGUAUUGUAUGCUUUCAUAGUUUUGUCACCUAGUUUCGGACGUCUUCAGUUUUGCAUUGUUGUAAUUGUAAUUAUUUAUAAAAAAUUGUGAAAGUCAAACCAAUAAUAGUUAUUUUAAUGGUAAAAGACUAAUGGGGGGACAUAAUACAGUUCCUAUUGUAGAAACCACUAAAUUUAUAUCUUCAUUUAACAAACUAAAAAAAUAUUACUAAGACACAUACACAUUUAAAUUGAAAAUAUAAUUUUUACUUAAAAUACUUAACCAUUUGGGGUCCCAGUUAAUCACGUUUUUUACAUUUUAAACUGGUUACAUUAAAAUACGUUUUGUAAUUACUAAUUAUCUGUAUAGAAUUAUUGAUACAAAUUUAUUUUCUAUUUUGUAUUAUAAUAUUUAUAAUACUUGAAAAGGGAUAAGCAAUAGAUCUGCUAAGAAGUAUCUAAAGUAGGGUAUAGUAGUAUGUGGAUUUGGUGUAAAUUAUCAUUGUAAACACUGUACUGAUUUUUAAGAUUUAAUAAAUAUAAACCCUUUCUCCUA